AUGGAAACUUCAUUGAGCAGGUUUGCAAUGAUCUUGGAUUCUGUUCAAAGUGAUGUAAUGCAGCUAAGAGACGUUUUAAACCAGAUAAAAGGACAAGAAGAGAUCAAAGCAAGCAUUGAUGGGAACUUAAAAUUGUUAUCUGAACAAUUGUGCAAGUUUACAAGCCAAGAGAAGUCACAGGAAGUAUCUUUGAUAGUUUCAACCUUGCCACAGAUAAUAGAAACCUCUUUUAAAAGUCUGCAACAAGAAAUCCAUGCGAAAUUCACUGAGGAAAUGCAGGAAAUCUCUUGCAAUUUGAAACGCUUCAAUCAGAGGGAUCUGGCACAGUCUACCCUAUCUACAAAGAGUAUAAGCAACCAGGUUACCAAACGGGAAUGGCCUCAACCUCCAAAUAUCGAAGCGAAUAAUACUUUACAUGGUACUGUGGCUUCAAAAGAAGAAAUGGAAAUCUGGAAGCAAGUAAAAAGAGCCAGAGUUACAUUUUCAGAUAAAUGUCUUGACGAGCAGAAGCAAAAAGAGCCAUACACUGAAAAGUAUGUAAGGGGAGGAAAAGAAUCUGUAAUUGUCAUUGAUUCUUCUUCUGAGGAGACUGCUGGAAGUUGUUCCUGCUUUGAAGAAAACAUAGGAGACCUAUAUGGAAGUUUCACCAAGGAAGAAACUGAAGAAGCACAAAGGAUUAUCCAAAGAGCAAGGAAGCGCAAGAGAAGGUUAAGGUUAAGGACUAAUCCCUUAUCAGGCUUUGAGGAUAACAGUCGUUUAAGAGAAAAAACACCUGUAGUUGACCAGGUGGCACCCCCCCCUCGUCCUUUCACCAACUCAAGUGCUCGCCAGCUCGGCAGACCCUCGAUCAGCGCACCCAGGACUAAGACACCCUCAUCUAUCCACCUUGGCAUCUUCUGUCCACCCGACCUGUUCAGGAGCCGACCAACGAACAUUGGCGCCGUCUGUGGGGACGUCUAA